GUCCGCUGUUGGGAACCGAGCCCUUGGCCUGGGGCCGGGCGACCCUGGGGCGCGUUGUGCUCAGGUCCGGGUGGCUGGGUGUAGGGAGGUAACCCAGUCCACCCGGGCGUCAGCUGUAGGUCGAGCUCUACCCCUCCAACAUCCGCUGGAACCCCUAAGCCCAGGCCCUGCCUGCUGGGGAUCCAUGGGUCCUGGGUCUACAUUGACCUGAUGAGUGGUGAGUUCGCAGAGAGGCAGGGCUGCCACUAAUCCAGGAAAUCCCACUGGGGCGAGAUGGGGCCAGAUCCACAGUCCCCAGGGUCUGCACUGACUUGGUGAACACCACCUUGUCCAUGCCUGGCUCCAGGGACGUAGGGAAUCCACGUAUUCACCCGGGAUCUGGGGUUUACACUAACUUGAAAUUUCCUGGCCAGAAGCUAUGUCUGUGUGCGAAGGAAGCAGGUGAAGGGGUUGACCAGAAAGGUCCUUUUCAGAUAACACUUUUAUUUGGGGUUUUGUGGACCCUGAGGGGCAUAUCUAAUUUUUUAAACUGAGAUGGGGCAGUGGAGGAAAAAUCUAGAGGGGCCCCCAGCCUCUGGCCAGUACUGACUCAGUCUCCACAGGGUCAAUAAGUUGCUUCUGGGGAUUCUAGAGGUGGAUGAGUGACCCUCUAUAGUACAGCCAAAGGAGAUCUCACAGUCCUAGACUGGAAGGGGCCUUUUCCCCACUGCAGCCUCCCUGUCCUCCUCUUAGUGGAACUUGGGUGCAUGGGAGGGUUGGUUUCUUUUCUGUCCCCAUUCCCCACUCUCUGGGGCCUGACGCCUUCUCCUCCAGCAGCUGUCAAGCCAGGGCAUCCAGGGCUGGAGUGGAGCAGACACUGUCCAUGGAGCUGGUGGACAAGGUGGACAGGGGGCUGCGGUGAUGGCGCAGUUUGACACUGAAUACCAGCGCCUGGAGGCAUCCUAUAGCGAUUCCCCUCCAGGGGAGGAGGACCUGUUGGUGCAUGUUGCUGAGGGAAGCAAGUCACCUUGGCACCACAUCGAAAACCUUGACCUCUUUUUCUCUCGAGUUUAUAAUCUUCAUCAGAAGAAUGGCUUCACGUGUAUGCUCAUUGGGGAGAUCUUUGAGCUCAUGCAGUUUCUCUUUGUGGUUGCCUUCACUACCUUCCUGGUUAGCUGUGUGGACUAUGACAUUCUAUUUGCCAACAAGAUGGUGAACCACAGUCUUCACCCUACUGAGCCCGUCAAGGUCACUCUGCCAGAUGCCUUUUUGCCUGCCCAAGUCUGCAGUGCCAGGAUACAGGAAAAUGGCUCCCUUAUUACCAUCCUGGUCAUUGCUGGUGUCUUCUGGAUCCACCGACUUAUCAAAUUCAUCUAUAACAUUUGCUGCUAUUGGGAGAUCCACUCCUUCUACCUGCAUGCUCUGCGCAUUCCCAUGUCCGCCCUGCCCUAUUGCACGUGGCAGGAAGUGCAGGCCCGGAUUGUGCAGACCCAGAAAGAGCAUCAGAUCUGUAUCCACAAGCGUGAGUUGACAGAGCUGGACAUCUACCACCGCAUCCUCCGUUUCCAGAACUACAUGGUGGCACUGGUGAACAAAUCCCUUCUCCCCCUGCGCUUCCGCCUGCCUGGCCUUGGGGAGGCUGUCUUCUUUACCCGUGGUCUCAAGUACAACUUUGAGCUGAUCCUGUUCUGGGGACCUGGCUCUCUGUUUCUCAAUGAAUGGAGCCUCAAGGCUGAGUACAAACGUGGGGGACAACGGCUAGAGCUGGCUCAGCGCCUCAGCAACCGCAUCCUGUGGAUUGGCAUUGCCAACUUCCUGCUCUGCCCCCUUAUCCUCAUCUGGCAGAUCCUCUACGCCUUCUUCAGCUAUGCUGAGGUGUUGAAGCGCGAGCCAGGGGCCCUGGGAGCACGCUGUUGGUCACUGUAUGGCCGCUGCUACCUCCGCCACUUCAACGAGCUGGAGCAUGAGCUACAAUCCCGCCUCAAUCGUGGCUACAAACCUGCCUCCAAAUACAUGAAUUGCUUUUUGUCACCUCUGCUGACACUGCUGGCCAAGAAUGGUGCCUUCUUUGCUGGCUCCAUCCUGGCUGUGCUUAUUGCCCUCACCAUCUAUGAUGAAGAUGUAUUGGCUGUGGAGCAUGUCCUCACCACCGUCACACUCCUGGGAGUCACGGUGACCGUGUGCAGGUCCUUCAUCCCAGACCAGCAUAUGGUGUUCUGCCCUGAGCAGCUGCUCCGUGUGAUCCUCGCUCACAUCCACUACAUGCCUGACCACUGGCAGGGUAAUGCCCACCGCUCGCAGACCCGGGACGAGUUUGCCCAGCUCUUCCAGUACAAGGCAGUUUUCAUCUUGGAGGAGUUGCUGAGCCCCAUUGUCACACCCCUCAUCCUCAUCUUCUGCUUGCGCCCACGGGCCCUGGAGAUUAUAGACUUCUUCCGCAACUUCACCGUGGAGGUGGUUGGUGUCGGAGAUACCUGCUCCUUUGCUCAGAUGGAUGUUCGCCAGCACGGUCACCCCCAGUGGCUAUCUGGUGGGCAGACAGAAGCCUCAGUGUACCAGCAAGCUGAAGAUGGAAAGACAGAGUUGUCACUCAUGCACUUUGCUAUCACCAAUCCUGGCUGGCAGCCACCACGUGAGAGCACAGCCUUCCUAGGCUUCCUCAAGGAACAGGUUCAGCGGGAUGGAGCAGCUGCUGGCCUUGCCCAAGGGGGUCUGCUCCCUGAGAAUGCCCUUUUUACAUCCAUCCAGUCCUUACAAUCCGAGUCUGAGCCCCUGAGCCUUAUUGCAAAUGUGGUAGCUGGCUCAUCCUGCCGGGGCCCCCCACUGCCCAGAGACCUGCAGGGCUCCAGGCAUAGAGCUGAAGUUGCCUCUGCCCUGCGCUCCUUCUCCCCUCUGCAGCCUGGGCAGGCUCCCACAGGCCGGGCUCCCAGCACCAUGACAGGCUCUGGGGUGGAUGCCCGGACAGCCAGCUCUGGAAGCAGCGUAUGGGAAGGACAGCUGCAGAGCCUGGUGCUAUCAGAAUACGCAUCCACCGAGAUGAGCCUGCAUGCCCUCUAUAUGCACCAGCUCCACAAGCAGCAGACCCAAGCUGAACCUGAGCGGCAUGUGUGGCACCGCCGGGAAAGUGAUGAGAGUGGAGAGAGUGCCCCUGAAGAGGGGGGAGAGGGCGCCCGGGCCCCUCAACCUAUCCCUCGCUCUGCCAGCUAUCCCUGUGCUACACCCAGGCCUGGAGCACCCGAGACCACUGCCCUGCAUGGGGGCUUCCAGAGGCGCUAUGGGGGCAUCACAGAUCCUGGCACAGUGCCCCGGGCUCCCUCUCACUUUUCCCGCCUGCCCCUUGGAGGGUGGGCUGAAGAUGGGCAGCCAGCAUCAAGGCACCCGGAGCCUGUGCCCGAGGAGGGCUCAGAGGAUGAGCUUCCCCCUCAGGUGCACAAGGUAUAGAUAAGGCUGAGAAAGUCCUUAUGCCCCAGGAUGGAGGCCACCGCUGCCCUGCCAUCCCAUCCACUCACCAUGGGAGGGCUCCUCUGAGUGUUGCCUGGCUCCACAUGUGUGGUAUUUGUGUGUCUGUGCCUGGCCAAGGGAGGUGCCAACACUGGGCUUGCCACAGCCCCAGGAGAAGAAUUUGUGGCCUAGGAACUGGGGGCGCACAGAACUCUAGCCUCAACCCCAGGACCCCCUUGGCUCAGAGUGUGGUGCUAGAAACUUGUCCCCAGCCCAGCCCCAGUACUGCCACCUUUGCACCCACCCCUGCAAGUCUCCAGAGGGCUGCCUACCACAGAAGCUGCCAAGCAGGAAGAACCUGUGCCAACUGUGGAGUGGGGAGGUUGGGCCUGGACCCUUGACCCUUGCAGUCUACCCCCAGAUGAGCAGCUCAGGCUGUGGCCCUUACCUCAUCCCUAGUUCUCACCCAGUGCUACAGCCAGCUCACCUCUCUUCUGCUUCCUGCACAUCACUGGCAUGUGUGUGCUGCUUGCUCCCCUUCCAUUUGGCUUUUCCUUUGCGUUGGAGUGGAGGCCCUAGCUCCCAGCUCCCUUCACUCUAUCUUUUGACACUAAGAAAGGUUUCUAACUUGCAGGAGCAGUAUGGAAAUUCUUUGCUGCCCUCUGCAACUUUUAGGAUGGGCCCCUGGGAGAUGAGGCCUUCCUGGGCCCCCAUUGCUGCUUAUUGUAUCCCUACCCCCUGCACAUGGACCGGACAGGGCUGGAGUAUGACCUCAACCGUCUAUAUCCCAGCAAGAGAGCUCUGGCCCCCAUCACGCUGUUCCCUAGAGGGGGAUGGAGGUGGGAUGGCCUCGCCCUAGGCUUUGGGCUGCUGCAUUGCAUGCUGGGACUCAGCUCCUACCCUAUAUCCCACCCUCACCCAACCCUGGUCCGCAGCAGCAGAGUGGUGAUCUCUGCUGUCAGCGCUCACAGAGGAACGGGGUGGGGACCGUGUACAGCUUGAUGACCCUCAAUAAAGAAGGGACUUUGACC